AUGUCUUCCAGUCAAAAGACUGUCCUCAUCACCGGCUGCACGCCCGGCGGCAUUGGCCACGCGCUGGCCCUACAAUUUCACGCGGCCAACUACCAUGUCAUUGCCACAGCCCGCCGCGCCGAGGUCCUCGAUGAACUCGCCGCAAUGGGCAUGAGCGCCGUUUCGCUAGACGUCACCUCGAGCGCCAGUAUUGAAAAGUGCAAAGCGCAAGUCGCCAAGAUAACCGGCGGCACCCUUGACAUUCUCGUCAACAAUGCCGGUCUGCUGUACAUGCUACCCGCGACCGACAUUGACAUGGACGGCGUGCGCUCCACGUUUGAGACCAACGUGUUUGGCGUCAUGGCCAUGUGCCAGGCCUUUGUCCCGCUGCUGAUCCCCGCCCGCGGGCUCGUGCUGCAGAUAUCGUCCAUUUCCGCCGUCGCCGCCGACCUCUUUGCCAGCGUCUACAGCGCGACCAAGGGCGCCCUCAACGCGUACUCGCGCAGCCUGCGCCUCGAGCUGCGCCCCUUUGCCGUGCGCGUCAUGGUUGCCGUAACGGGCACGGUCAAGUCGCGAAUCGCCGCCAACGUGGCGGCGCAGAGCCCUCUGCGGCUGCCCGAGCAUUCGCUGUACCGGCCGGUCGAGGACGUGUACGCCCAGCGCCACCGCUUUAGUCAGGAGACGGUCCCGAUGGAUACGGAUGUGUACGCGGCGAGGAUUGUUGCGCAGGCGGUCCGCGGCGAGGGCUGGAUGGGCGGCUGGCUCGGCGGCUCGCCGGACUGGUACUGGACGGGGGGCCUUGCGCGCAGGACGUGGCUUGGGCAGUACUUGCCGACGAGCUGGACAGAGGGCUUGGUAGCGGCGCUGUCGGAGAAUGAUGAGAUUACGAAGCGAAUUCACGCGGCGCAGGAAAAGACGGCGUAA